CUAUUUAGUUAACUAAACACAACUAAAUUGUACAUUCAAAUGUUGGAAAUUAUUGUUUCAUUCCCAUUGAUCGAACUUCAGUUUUGGCGCGCGUGUGUCUAUGUUGACGGAACAGCUGUGGUUGCGCUUGCGUGCCUUGCGUGUAAUUUGUACUACUGAUAUUAUACGUAUUUCUUUAAUUUUUUACCGUGGCGUGCUGUUGACAAAUUGCGCUCGAAUGUAAACAAUAUUAGUGAAAUGUGAAGUGAUGAUGAAUUAAAACGGAUCGGGCUUGUGUGUUAAACAAUGUGUUAAAAAUAACAAUGGCUUGUCGACGAGAAAGUAAUGGAGACAUUGACAUUUUGACAUUGGAGGAACGCGAAUUUCAAACGAAAUGGAGCAGGUUUUCCGACUGGCUGCACUGCAUUUGUGUGGUGACUUUCGACCUUGAGCUCGGGCAGGCGAUGGAGAGCGUCUACCCGCCUGGCGUGAAGCUCACUGACCAAGAGAAAUGCAACAUUUGCUACUUGGCUUUUCCAGACUCGAACUCGGGCUGUAUGGGCGAUACACAGUUUCACGUGCGGUUACGGUGCCGCGCUCCACUUACGCCCCAGCAAGUGAGCUAUAACGAGGACAGUGUGCCGACGCUACGCGCGGAUUCCACGCACUACUGGGGCUUCGUGUACUUCCGUCAAGUCAAAGACCCCUCGCUACCGCGUGGAUAUUUUCAGAAGAGCAUCAUUUUGCUAACGCGAUUGCCAUUUAUCAACUUAUACUAUAAGGUCAUACAGUUAAUUGCACCAAAACAUUUUGAAGAAGGCGAGAGAAGCUUGGAAGCUGCAUGCCAUGAUAUAAACAGAUGGCCGGUGCUCGUUGCAGGUCAGAAUAUGCUGUUGCCAGUUUUAGGGACUGUUUUUCAGUCAUACAUUCCUAAUCAGCAGACUGGGAAAGUGUCAAGGUCAGAUAUAAUAAAGCAAGUUCAUUCUCCAAAUGUACCUCACAUUCUGGCUUCGAUUCAGGAUGUUAAUGUCUUUGAUGCUUUGGCUGGUGUUAUAUCACAUUUACAUUUAUUGUGGGAGCUUGUACUGGUAGCCGAACCCAUUGUGGUGAUGGCGAGUUCACCAACAGAAUGCUCUGCUCUUGUCCAGGCAUUGACAUACCUCAUCCAACCGUUACCUUACGCAGCAGAAUAUAGACCAUAUUUCACAAUCCAUGAUAGUGAAUUCAAAGAGUUUACCCGUAAGCAAUACAAUCCUCCUUGCGUAAUAUUAGGUGUAACAAAUCCAUUCUUUACAAAAACAUUACAACACUGGCCUCACACUAUCAAACUGGGUGACUCAACUUCAAUCAAAACAAAACUAAGGAAGGUUGGUAGUAUAAAGCACUUGGACACUGCUCCCGGUGUUUAUACACAGUACAAGCCAUUUUUAGAAAAAGAUAAGGCUAUAAUAAAGAAACUUCACAAUGGAAUGAGGACUGAUCGACCCUCUGAGGUGCAGACUGCUAUGGUGAAAAGGCAUCUACUAGAACUGACACAGAGUUUCAUGAUUCCAUUAGAAAGAUACAUGGCAUCAUUGAUGCCAUUGCAGAAAAAUAUAUCACCUUUCCGAGCACCUCCUAUUCCGAAUCCAUUUAACCCUGAAGAUUUUUUCGCGACAUUGCAACAAGCUGGACCUCAAUUGACAUCAGGGAUUAAAGGUGAUUGGAUAGGCCUAUAUAGAAUCUUUUUCAGAACACCGAAUUUUAGUGCCUGGUUUCACGAAAGGCAUAGUAAAUUAACAAAUAAGCUACAUGCUUUACAGUUAGAAGCAUUAGCCGAGAGUGAUUUGAAGGAAUGGUCCGUUGGCAAGAAGGAGGUUGAAAUAGUUGAUAUGGUGUUGAAGCUUAGAGAGGUGCUUAAGAGUGACCCACCCGUGGCCGGCAAUACUAGGACAUUAUUAGCCCGAAGGCUGGAAGAUUUAAACUGUGUUCUCCCUGAUGAUAUGAAAUCAAUAUUGAAUGCAGCAUCGUGACACAACGAUUGCUGCACCUCAGGACUGAGAGGCUGCAGCGUUGACUGCAAAAUUCAGCUAAAACCUACCCACAAUAGGGCUGUUGUUUGUAUGUAAUAUACAUGGCCAAAUCAAAUUUUACAAUUUAUUUUCCUACACAUAUUCUUUAGCAACAGUACACAGAAGUAUGGUAUUUUUUAAACUUUAAAUUGCUUAAUAAGCUAUAUAUAUUGCCAGAUGUAUAUAGGAAUUUAUGAUGUAAAUAAUAGAAUGCAUUAACUCAAUACUCACUAAAAUUUUGACAUGAUCACAUAAGGUGGAGACCUUAGAAGUGAUUGAUAUAUUGUACAAUGAAUAUGCUCCUAGUAGCUAUAUAGCUUAUAGCUACAAUAUGAAUACAAAGGCUUCCUAAUUACUGUAAUUACCAAUCUUACCCUGUAGCUAAUUAGUUAGAUUUGUAAAAACCACCUAAUAUGAUAUUAUGAAUAGGUAUUUGUAGAAUAUCUGAAUGAAUUUUGCAUAAUUUGUUUAACCAAUGAGGCUAGAUGUUUUAUAAACAAAGAUUGUUAUGUCCCUUCGAUUUAAAUAAUACCUGAAAUAAAAUUCAAGUCUCCUUGCAAAAAGCAAUACUAUAAGUACUACUAUAACCAAUCCCAGUUUUAAAUGCAAAAAUUAUGUUAAUCCUAGUAUAUGCUUAUGCAUAAAGUAAAUAUUAAAUGUUUAAUUGUGUAUACAGUGAAGUGAAACUCAAUAAAAUCUAAAAUAGGUUUACUUAGUUUUAGAACUUAUUGGAUUGUACAAAUAUUAAUUUUGAAAACACUCAAGUUAUGUAAAAUAUUCCUAUGUAUAACUUAAAGUUUAAUUUUAUUGAUUAACUAGCUGAUGCCCGCGACUUCGUCCGCGUGGAUUUACGUUUUUCAAAAUCCCGCGGGAACUCUUUGAUUUUCGGGGAUAAAAAGUAACCUAUGUGUUAA